UCUUCCAAUGGCACAACUUGUUCUGUUCCCGACUUCUCUAUUUCUAGCCUCUAUUCUUAGUCUGAACUGUCGUGUUCUCGACCCCAAACUGUCAGAGAACAACCCGAUAUUGAUGAUCACUGAUGGUUUCAACAAUCAACUACAGUUUCUCAGUCUUGAACCUCCCAAGAUUAACGUGACUCUUACCAGAGAAGCUUGUGUACACCUAUACGGAUUCCUUCCCUGUGCAGAAAAUGUCAUUGGCUAUGCAUUCCAAGUCUUCUCCUUCGGGUCUUUGUUGAUUGUCGGCGAUUAUUUCUUGUCCCAAGGAAGAGCAGAACUCUUAGAUAUCUUUGAGGUUGGUUUAUAUGGCGUUACUGGACUAUCUACAAGGCCGGAAGUUGCUCAGUCAAUGAUUGUUGAUUUCGUUGGAGCAACGGUUGGAUCAUCGGUCUUUGCUCUAACAAUUCAAUGGGGUGCUUGUAUCAUUUUCGGGACCACGGGAGUUUUUGAUACUGGUUGUGAUCAACUGGUUCAAAAAGAAGAGAAUCCAACGAAGCCAAGGCCAGGGCUAUUAACGAGACUUUUUGAAACAAGUGUGGAAACAGAUUCAAGAACCAAGAAAGGCGCACGGAUCAUGCUUCUCACAUUAAUUCCUUUUCUCAUUGUGCAACUUUCAGAGCUAUUCGAUUCGCGAUCUUGGAGACACAUUAUUGUUCUACUGACGCUGAUAGUUUCUACUUCCGCAACUCUUUUGCUCUUGACUCUUUCGGUAUACAUAUGUGCAUAACUCUAUAGCUUUACAUAAGCUCAAGUUUUUGUGUCUAAUCUUUGAAAUUUUGUGAAUCUCUGCUGCUUGUAGAUACAAGUGGACAAA